CAUCCCCCUCGCCAGCUGUUUGUUACGUUUGGGAUUUUAUUUUUAAAGCUCCUCUUCCCUUCUCUUCUCUUCUCGUCUGCUCCUCUCCGACUUUGUCAAGCUCGCCAUAAUUCUCUCCUUCCCAAUCCCUACCAAAACCCUAAGAUCCGUACAUCCAAAUACACUGCAUUGGCUGAUCCAUCUCUCGAUCCGGUGCUUCCAGUACUCGCAUUCGCAGCCGUCUGAUCUGCAGCCUUCAGCUGAGAGAGGUAGAGUUCUAUAUAACGGUGCAAUGACGGCGGAUGUGAAUGUCAGCGAGAACGUUUCAACCAGUGAAACGGAGGACAAGGGUGGGUUGGAUAUGAGUAGCUAUGAGGACUUGCCGACACCUGCUGCUGAUUGCAAUGGGGUUAAGGACGGGAAUGGGAAUGCGGAGGAUGAUCCCGAUGCCUCCUACGUUUUCGUAGCUGGAAACGACACAGUUCCUGAUGAACCUGCUGACUCCGCCGAUCUCAAUGGCAAGUAUGAACCCGUUUACAAUGUCGGUUCUGAUGAUAACGACAUUGAGAAUGAGGCCGCGGAAUCUGAGGUUGAUCAUGUGAUUGAGGAUGUCAAAGCUGCUGCGGUAGAGGGGGAUGCUAGUUCUCCCCUUAAUAUUGUGGUCACUUCUAAUGAUGGGAAAGAAGGAGAUGAUGAUGCUGUUGAAGUUCCUAAUGGAACGGUGCCUAUUGUUGGACCUGAGGCCCUGGAUGAUCAAAGGGAAGUUGAAGAGGGGAACGUUAAUCUGGAUUCACCUGGAGGUCUGAAGGGGACUCAGGACCUUUCAGAGGCCGUUGAACCUGAACCUGAAUUUUUGCAGGUUAAAUUUGGUGAUGCGAAGGCUGGGGAGGAAAACGGUAUGGAGUCAAUUGUAUCUAAGGAAUCUCAAGUCAAGACUAGUACAGAUGGUGCUGAAUCAGAGCCAAAUCAAUCUGGUAAUGUUGAGCUCACAAUCAGUGCAGAUGUUGCUGAAUCAGAGCUAAAUCAAUCUGGUGUGCUUGAGGUCGAAAGAAGCUCUCAAUUAGAGCCGAAUCAGUCUGGUAAUAUUGAGGUCACAAACAGUGAUGAUGUUGCUGAAUUAGAGCCAAAUCAGUCUGUUAGUGUUGAGGUCACAAGCCGUGCAGAUGUUGCUGAAUCAGAGCCAAAUCAGUCUAGCAAUAGCGAAGACAAGAUUGAACGUGUAAGAGAAUUGAAUUUGGCUGUAGAUACUAAAGGAAACCAAGAUUCUCCAAUUGCAAUUACUGAAGGGUUUAAAAAUGAUGGUGAUUUGGACAAUCAAGGGAAGGAACCUGUUCGAUUUUCCAACAAGCUUCCUGUGGAAGGUCCUCAAAAGGAAUCUGAGGUACAGUUGGAGCAGAAAACAAAGACAAUUCCUUGCCUAGUGGUGGCUGAUGUAAAAUUGGAGGAAGCAGCAGAAGUUAUUGAUGCCUCUGCCGUUAGUGAAUAUGACAAUGAGUCGUCUGCUGAUCAUACCCAAGACAGUGUUGCAGAAACAAGUGUUGUUAAUGGUGGUUUUAGUGCCAGUCAAGAUACAUCUCAGCAAAACAGCUCUUUGAAGGAGAUUGAGACCUUGAUUUCUUGCAAUGCCGAAAUUGGUAGAAAUGAAGCCCCAACUUCUCUUGACACUGAAAAUGGCAAGAGCUCUCCAUGUACAAGAGAUAAUGAUACAAUUGGAUAUCCAACUAAUGAAAUUACCGAGACUGUUGUACAGUUAAAAUCAGAGGCUGUUCAUGGGCAUAUUACAUGUGAUAACGGAGAAUAUUUGCCUACUGAUCAUCAAGAAAGUGUUUCACAGACCAUUGCUAAUGACUUUGCUCAUGCCAGUCAAACCACAACUGAAGGAAAUAAGCCUUCUGAAGUUGUCAGAAUGAUUGUUCAUCACAAUGUGGCUGUUGAAAGUUAUGAAAGCAUUCCAGUUGCUUCUGCUAGUGAUACAAUACUGGAACCAGUGGUUGAAGUUGCAGAUUCUUGUACUGUGGCUGUGGAUGAUGCAGAGAUAAAUGAUGAUAUGAGAACAGAGACUUUGGUAGAAAAGUUGGACGUGAAUAGCAGUGAAAAUGUUGGUUCUUGUUCUAUUGGUGACAGAGAAGUUGUGAUUGAGCCAGGUAGAAGCCAUCUUGUAACUGAUACAGAGCCAAGUUGCCCAUUUAAUGAUGCAGAAACAGAAGUUGAGACUGAUUCCACAGCCAUUGAAUCUAGAGAAAAAGUAUCUACUUUCUCAAGUGAUGAGGUGGACAAAGAAAUUGAGGUUUCACUGGGGGCUGCUAAAUGUGUUGGCAGCAACUCUGUUUCAGUUGAAGAUCCAGAUAGAGAGGACUGUAUACAUGAAUCGGUUGAGAAUCCAUUUGGUGCAGAAGCAGAGCCAAAUCUUGAAAAUACACUGAUGGAUUCAAGUGAAGUUGUGGCCAAUGUUGAUAGAUGUGCAUCUGAAUGUGAGGGUCUGAAUGGCUCUGUUAUUACUAGUGAAGGAACCAUCAAUUGCAUUAAGGAUGAUGAAAAUGAAGGAGAACAGCUAGUUACCAUUGAUGGUGAUGAAAAAACACCUCAAGAAAUGGAGGUCACCGAUGAGGCUAAAGAAGCCUCACCAUCCUCUCCAGGAGGCUCCUCAGUAGAUGCUUCCGAGGGGCAAAAUGCAGCAGUUGAGGUAGGGAAAAAGCCAUUCUACUACAUGAUCAGAAUUCCUAGAUAUGAUGAUGAUGAAAAUUUAAAAGAACAGAUCAAUCAUGCUCAGUUUCAAGUUGAUGAGAAGACUAAAAGUCGGGAUGUUAUUCGAGCUGAAAUGCAACGGAAAAGGGCCAUUUGUAAUGAGCAUGGUGCUUGUGUUGAUGCUGCCAUAUCGGAAGAAGUAGCAGCUCGCAAUUUGCUUAAGGCUAAACGCAAGGAAAUAGACUCUGCUCAAUCUCUGAUUAACAGAGUGAAGAGUGCCUCUUCUGUUGAGGAAAUUGGUGGCAAGAUACGUAGUAUGGAACACAUGAUACAGCAUGAAACCCUGCCCUUAAAGGAAGAAAAGAGUUACAUCCGUGAAAUCAAGCAGUUGAAGCAAAUUCGUGAACAGAUUUCUUCUAGUUUGGGUAAGCCAGAGGAUGUUCAGGAGGCUAUAGAUCAGAAAGACCAAGUUGAAGAACGCCUGAAGCUUUUGAGGAAAGAAGCAGACCACUUGAGAGAAAAUGUUCUCAAAGCUGAAGCAGCCAUUAGAAAUGCUAAGAAGACGUAUCAAGAUGAAAAUGCUAAAAUAAAUGAAUUGGUAGCUCAGUUUAGAGCCGCAGAUGACAUUCGGCAGGAAGCAUAUGCACAUCUACAGACUUUGAGGAAGAGAUUAUAUGAUAAGAAUAAAUACUUUUGGAAGUACAGGGAUGAUUCAAAGGUAGCUUAUGAUUUAGCAUCCAAGGGAAAUAAAGAGGAACUCCAAUGUCAUUGUGUUAAUCAGGUGGAGAGGGUUAUGGAUUUAUGGAACAAUAAUGAUGAGUUCCGAAAAGAAUACACCAGAUGCAACAUGAGGAGUACAGUGAGGAGAUUGCGAACAUUAGAUGGUCGUUCACUUGGCCCUGAUGAGGAACCACCUGCAAUUCCCAAUGUAGUUAGUGAAAGAAUAGCCAAGGACAACAUUGUACCUUCCAUUUCCACUCUUGAAGGUGAAAAAAUAAUUGCUCCCGUGGGGACAGAAAAGAUGGAUGAUAAAUCCAUAGCAAAGGUUGGGGACCAAAAUAACCCGACAGCUAAAUCUAAAAAAUCUGCAAAACAUGCUCCUUUGGCAACUGUUUCUGGCAGGAAUGAGAUUGAUGAAGCAGGGCAAAAGGAGGAUAAGCAAACAAAGGAGGAAGAAGAGUUAGCCAGGAAGGCUGAGGAAUUGAGAAAACAAGAGGAAGCAGCCAUGUUGAAGGAACAACGGCGAUUGGAGGAGAAGGCCAAAGCUAAAGAGGCAAUGGAGAGAAAGAAACGAAAUGCUGCAAAGGCUGAAGCCAGGGCUGCACUAAGAGCACUGAAGGAAGCUGAGCAGAAAGAGAAGGAAAGGGAGAAAAGGGCAAGAAAGAAGGAGAAAAGGAAGGCAUCAGCGGAGGAAGUGAAUGCUUUCAAUAAGGGUGAAUCUUCUCCAAGUUUUGAACCUCCAAUUGAAACCAAGGAUUCUGAAACAAGAGAGAAGCCAAUGACAGUGACAAAGAGAGCUCAAAAGCCAUUGCAUUUCACAAAGCAGACGAAGUCAAAAUCUAUGCCUCCACCACUUCGCAACCGAGGCAAGAGAAGGAUGGAGACAUGGAUGUGGGUUCUCCUUGCUGCUGUCGUCAUUUUCGGCUUUUUUUUAAUGGGGAAUGGCAGAGUCUCUCUAAAAGGGCUUGGUUUCUAAAGAUACGCGCUUAUUACAUUAACUAGAUAAUUUAUAGAGCAUGGCAGGAUACUCAUAUUCCCAUAGAUUUUUAGGCGAUUCUUUUUCUGUUCACAGUGUUUGAUUCCUUACUAGUUUGCAUUCAAUUAACUGGAAGUGGCUUUGAGUUUUGCUCACACCCCACUGAUAGGUUGGUUUUCCUAAAUAUGCCAUCAUGAAUGUUAUUAUUGGAUAUUGCUUCCAGUUUAGUAUGAUGCACAUAAAUGCAAUAAGUAAAAUGUUUGUGCUUUC